AUGCCACUGACCUGUUCUGACUGCCCUAAAAUAUGCUGCUCCUUAAUUAUACCUCCUAUUGGUGUAUUUCUUGAGAAAGGCUGCGGUAGCGCUUUGGCCAUUAAUAUCCUGCUAACGUUACUUGGCUAUAUACCUGGUUUGAUACAUGCUUGUUUCAUCAUCGUCAAAUAUUGA